CUUGUUUCACUACGGACAUCUUAAUUGCGGACACAAAAACAGACUUACAAACAACAUCGAUAUAUAAUGUAACAUUGCCCUUAUUUUUAAUUUAUAUGAUUGACUUGCAUGCUUUGUGUUGUACAUUAACAAAUCAGUCCGAACUAUUAUAAAAGCAUAAUCAGACUGUGCAUUAUCGUAUUCUACUAAAGUAGCUAUGAGCUCUUCGUCGACUGCAGUGCUGCUGGAAACGGUCAACUUCGCUGCAGAGAAACAUCGAAAUCAGCGCCGUAAAGAUCCUGAUGCCACACCAUACAUCAAUCACCCCAUAGGGGUGGCAAGGAUUUUAAGUUAUGAGGGUGGAAUCACAGAUCUUGAAGUUUUACAAGCUGCAUUGCUUCAUGACACAGUAGAGGACACUGAUACAACCUUUGAUGAGCUGGAGUCUAUGUUUGGACCGACAGUGGCGAGAAUCGUCCAGGAGGUUACAGAUGACGGGUCGUUACCAAAAGAAGAGAGAAAACGGCUGCAAGUGGAGCACGCACCACACCGCAGCCAUCAGGCCAAGCUAGUGAAACUAGCAGACAAGUUGUAUAAUUUGCGGGACCUCAAUCGUUGCACUCCCACAGGUUGGACAGCAGAAAGGGUUCAAGAAUACUUCGUGUGGGCGUCUCGGGUGGCAAAAGGGCUCCGUGGCACCAAUGCAGCUCUCGAGCAGAAACUGCAGCAGCUCUUUUUGGAGAGAGGAGUGGAGUUAUGAUGAUGUCACAAGCCACUGGUGGAAAUUAUGGAGCUUUUUUUUUUUUUUUCUUUACCCUAAAGGGACAGUUCGGCCCUCUCUGUAGUCGUUCCAAACCUGUUUUGACUUUCUUUCCUCUGUGGAGCACAAGAGGAGAUGUUGAUGAAGAUUUCCUCGACAUUUUCUUUUGUGUUCCGCUUUAUAAAGUCAUACAGAACAACAUCAGGUUGAAUGACGAAUGCAUUUGAAUUUUUGAGUCAGCUUUAGUAUUAAGAUUUUUUUUAUUUAAAUAUUUUUUUUAAUAAUACGAAUGUAAGUGUAUAAUACUUGCACAGAUAUGAA